AUGGCACGCUUCCUCUUCCAAGUACUGCUUGCUGCCGCGAGCCUCGUCGCUGGCCAAAGCACAACGUGCCCAAAUGAGGUUGCCAUCUACAACCAGCAAGAUCGCACUAUGAGUGCGACCAGCAACUGGUUCCUUGUUCCGGUACCCAAGGAUGCUGUGAUGAAGGCCCUCAAGGAGUCGUUCUCGAGCUUGGUCAACCUAGGCGGACUAAAUCUGCUAUCUCUUCCCGAAGAGCUGAAAUUUCCUGAGGGCAUGCACCCGGUCAUCGUCAACGCCGGAGCCAACACCGAUAUCCGCCAGGGUGGCCUCCAGCUUGCUACAGGAUUGAUGGUCGGCAGCUCUAUGAUCCCCUACGUCGGCGUCGGUAGCUCCAAGACACCACUCAACGCGCCCCUCGUGUCGUACCUUGCCGGCGUGGACGAAGUAACCCAGGGUUAUGUUGCCGGCCUUGUCCCAUCUCUAGUUGCUACUAUAGGCGGUAUUCAAACCAGAAUCGGCGCAUUUCUACCACUCAAUGCACCAUUCCAAUCAUACAGGGAUGGAUCUUUCGGGAUCAACUCGAAGUGGGCACAGGCACCCAACCCGGUCAGCGGUCCUGGCCUGUACUCCGAGGCGUUCGAUCUCAAGUUCGUUAGCGAACCCAACCAAGCAGCACCCAAAUACUCCCUCGACAUGUGGAAAAGCAUGGUCAACCAGCCCUUCUUGCUCGGCAGCGUUGGAAGCCUGCUUUCACCCAAGUGCCAGCGCAACGUCUACUUCUUUAACAACGCCACCGCACAGCCAACUUAUCGAUCGGGCAACGUAACUCUUGGUCCUUCAGCGGGUGCCGAUGUAUUCUCUGCUACCUUGCAAAAGGCCAGUCCAGAUGGUUCCGGAUUCUACCAGGGAGUUUAUGGCUUCACUGGCUGUGGGCAGGCUGUCGGAUAUGGCGCUGUUGUUCCGCUAGGCGAGGACUGCGAGGCUGCUGCUCAGGCCAUCAAGAAUACCCCUGGAGCUUUGUAA